UAGCCGUAAUACGUGUAUACAAGGUUUAUUUGCGUCACAUGUUCCAACAUGCUCCAAUAUGCUCCAAUAUAGUUUACGUUACGUAUACUAUAUACUUAUAUAGUUCAGUGUGUUUGUUCCUGUCUCCAGUUUUCUUGGUUGACUGUUGACUCGUGACAUGACAUAUAAAUGAAGAACGAAAUAAGUGUGUACAAAGGCUUAACAAGAUUUUUAUCAAAAAAAUUAAAAACACUUAAAAUCUUAACAAUAAGAAAGGAAAAUUUUUUUAUAUUGAAAUAUAACAUGAUAUAUAUUUUAAGGUUAUAGUUUGUGGUUCUUAUUAAAACUAUGGAGGAACGAUCAAACAUUUGUGUAACAUUAAUUGAUGACACAAAGCAUAGUAAUGAUAUUACAUCUUUAAAUAGAAAAUUAAGCAAAAAAUCCAAAUCUAAAAAGAGGAAAGCUGAUAAAAAGGAAAGAAGAAAACACAAGAAAAAAAGCAAACAUGUUAUAUCAUCUUCAAGCAGUAGAAGUGAUGACAGCAGUGAAUUUGAUUGGGUGGAAAAGAAAGUUGAGGAUCAAACUACUUUACAUACUGAUGAAAAUCUUGUUAAUAGCAAAGCACAAACAAAUCAACUUGAAAGAGAUGAAUGGAUGAAUUUUGAAAGUUUUCUUCCAUGUACAUCAAAAUCGGAUAUGAGGAAACAAAAAUCUGAUAACAAAAAGGAAGAAAGAACUAACAUUUUUUUGAGUAAACCAGGUCAGAGCAAUAGAGAACUGAAUCCGUAUUGGAAAGAUGGAGGCGAUGGAUUGCCUCAAAAUAGGUCCAAAAUAAUUGACAAUCCACAAAUCAUGGAUGCAAAUUGGUUAAAAAGAAGUCUCCAACGUGCAGAAGAACAAGCUCUUAGAGAUGGUAAAAGUUUAGAAGAAGUGGCUGUGGAACGCUGGGGUUCCUUAGAAAUUAUUCAAUCAAUGAUAAUUAAAGCAGAAAAAAUGUCAAAUACUGAGCAGAAUACAUCGUACCACAAGAAAUAUUAUGAUAGAAAUAAUAAAGAUUCACAUAGAAGUUCAAGAAGAAAAAAUCGUUCAAGAUCCAGAUCUAGAAGUAAAGAGCGUGCAGAAAAACAUAGUACUUCCGACUAUUUAUUUCAACAUCACACAUCACAACAGAAACAAACUUAUCAAAGAUCUAAAGUUAAAGAUAAUUAUUAUCAAGAGAUUGCACAUGGAUCCACUAGUAAUCGUACAAAAAAUUGGAAAAAAACUAAAGAUGAUGGAAAAAAACCUGAAUCAUCUAAACUAAAGGAAACAAAUGUAGAGAAUGUUGACGUAAAUGUGACAGAUAAAAAGAAAGAUAUCGGCCUUUUAACAGAAGCAGAAAUGAAUAAAUUGGGAGCAAGAAUUAUUAAAGCUGAAUUAAUGGGUGAUGAUGAAUUGGCAGUUCAACUUAAAGUCCAACUAGAACAAGCUAGAAAACUAGCUGCGACAAACAAUAGUAAUGCGCAAGAAGAGACAGUAAUUCUUACAAUAACAGAUGCAAAAGGUAUUGCAAGACCAAUUCAACCCAGAAAUCAAUUUGAGCAGUCCAUAGAAGGUCAUAGAAAGAAGAAAACACAUGUCUCCAGCCAAAAGAAGUGUGACUUCUUAAAUAACGAUAAAUAUUCUUUACAAAAGAUUUUUCAACAAGAGAAAGGUAGAUCCACAAACGAGGAUGAAGCAAUGUUUGUUAAAUUUGCAUCUAAAAGUGCGGGUGAUAUGGAUGAUGAAUUCGAACAACAAAUUGCGCAAAAAGAUUUAGAAGCAAAGCAAGAUAAGCGGGAUCGUGCACGUGCAAUUAAAGAACACAAAGACUUGUCUAAAUUUAUAGAUAAUUGUUGGUGGUGCCUUGAUUCAAAGAAUAUGUUGAAACAUAUGAUCAUUACAAUGGAUUCUGAAAUUUGCUUGAGCCUGCCUGCUUGUACUUCCCUGAUUAAUGGCCAUUGCAUAUUGACACCUAUACAGCAUGUCGCUUGUCAACUGCAUUUAGAUGAAGAUGUAUGGAAUAGGCUUAAGGAAUUGAAAAGAAAAUUGAUAGAUAUGUUCAGCAAUGAGGAUCUUUAUCCAAUAUUUUUUGAAAUCUAUAAAAAACAUCGCAGAUUUUCACAUAUGCAAUUAGAGUGUAUUCCGUUACCGAAAGAAAUUGGUGAGUUAGCGCCGAUGUAUUUUAAGAAAGCUUUGUUGGAAUGUGAAACUGAAUGGUCUGUUAAUAAGAAAAUUGUUGAUUUGAAACAUAAAGAUAUACGACACGCUGUACCAAAUAGUUUAUCAUAUUUCAUGGUAGAGUUUUCCUCACAUUCUGGUUAUGCUCAUGUAAUUGAGGACGAAAAAUUAUUUCCAAAGAAUUUUGCUGAGGAAAUAAUAGGUGGAAUGCUGGACUUGGAUUGCCAGCUAUGGCGAAAACCGAAAAGAUUAAGCUUUGACGAACAAAGAGUCAAAGUGCUACAGUUUACAGAAAUGUGGAAAAAGUAUAAUUCUUCAUGAUUGGGAAACAUUAACAAUUAUAUUCCAAAAAUUAUGGACUAGUAAAAUUCAAAUGUAUCAUUUUCUCCCUUUUAUUAGAAACAGAAUGUGCAUUGAUAUACAAAUCA